GCGCGCGUGCGCAGAGAGGCGUGGGCAUGGCGGUGGCGGUGCUGCGGCUGCUGGAGCCCUUCCCGGCCGAGGCCCCGGCGCUGGCGGUGCUGCUGCCCGGCGGGGGGCCCUGGGGGUCGGGGGCGGCCUGGGGCCCGGUGCUGGCGCUGCGGCCGGAGGGGGCCCCGGCCGGCCCGGGCCUGCUGCUGCUGCCCGCCCUGGAGGCCCCGGCGGGGGCGGACGCGGCGGCGGCGGCGGCGGGGGCGGCGGCGGGGGCGGAGGGGCCGGUCCCGGCGGUGCUGGUGAGCCGCGCGCUGCUGCGGCUGCUGGCGCGCGGCCCGGGGGCGCGCGUGCGGCUGCGGCCGGUGCGGAGGCCGCCCGCGCUGAGCUGGGCGCUGCUGGGGGCGGCGGGCCCGGGCCCGGGCUGGCGGGGCGGGCCGCUGCUGGGCCGGCGCGGGGAGGUCCUCCCGGGCCCGGGCCCGGGUCCGGCCCCGCGCCUGCUGGAGACGCGGCCGGCGCUGCAGGGGCUCCUGGGCCCCGACACCCGGCUGGCGCUGACCGACCUCCGCCCCCCGCCGCCGCUCCCGCCGCCCGGCCCGCCCGGCCCGCCCGGCCCGGCCGGCCCGCCCCCGCUGCCGUCGGCCUUCGCGGGCGGCGGGGCGGCGCGGCCGCUGCGGGGGGCGGGGGUGGGCGCCGGGGCGGAGCUGGGGCUGAGCCGGCGCCGCCUGCGGGGCCUCGGCCUCUUCGGGGGCGAGUGGGUGUGGGUGGGGGCGGCGGGGCCGGGCCGGGGGCGGCGGCCGGUGUCCGUGCGGCCGCUGGAGCCCCCCUGGGCCGGCCCGCACCGCCCGGGCCCCGACGCGCCCCCGGCCCUGCUGCCCGCCGCCCUCGCCUUCAACCUGCACUGCGACCCCCUGGACCCCGGGGAGCUGACCCUGCAGAGAUAUUCCGAAGGGCUCGGCUGCCCCGAAGGGAAGGGAAGCCGCUCCGUGCUGUCCGGCCCUCCCUUUGCCAAGGAGCUGCACCUGGACAUCGUGUCCUCGCCCCGCUACAGCCCCGACGGCACCUACGAUCGAGCCCUGCGCCGCUACUUUGAGACUCCCAGGGUGGUUCAGGAAGGGGACAUUCUGUGCGUGCCAACAUUCGGGCAGAUCGAGGUCCUGGAGGGAAGCACAGAGAAGCUGCCCAGGUGGCCCGAGCUGUACUUCAAGGUGAAGUCGACUGUGGGAGAGGCGGUCGAUCCACCCGGCCCCGCCUAUCUGGCAGACACCACUCACACCUCCCUCUACCUGGGGGGUGCCACCCUGAGCCUGGUCCCCUGGAUCCCUCCCCGAGGAGCCCCCGCCCCGUGGAACAGCCUGGCCCCGCCGGGGUUGGAGGCGCUGGUGAAGCAGCUCUGCGACACGCUCGGCCCUCGGCUCCGACCUGGGGGCGACCUGCUGGUGGGGCCUGGUGCCGUCCUCGUGAAGGGCCCUCCGGGCUGCGGGAAAACCACCGCCGUCACGGCCGCCUGCGGCCGCCUCGGCCUCCACCUGCUGAAGGUGGACGGCUCAGCGCUGUGCGCAGACACCAGCGCGGCCCAGGAGAGCCGCCUCCAUGCCACCUUUGCUCGGGCCCGGCGCUGCCGCCCGGUCGUGCUGCUCCUGCGGGCCGUGGAGCUCCUGGGGAGGGAGCGGGACGGGGCAGGCGAGGAUGCCCGGGUGCUAGCCACGCUGCGCCGUCUCCUUCUGGAGAACGACCCCACCAGCAGCCCCCUCCCGCUGCUGGUCGUGGCCACCACCUGCCGGCCCCAGGAGGUCCCCGCGGAUGUGCUUUCGGCCUUUCCCCACGAAGUGGAGGUGCCCGCGCUGGCGGAGGAGCAGCGGCUGAGCAUCCUGCAGGCGCUCACUGCCUCGCUACCCCUGGGCCAGGAAGUGAGCCUGGCACAGCUGGCACGGAGGAGUGCGGGAUUUGUGGCGGGUGAUCUCUGUGCCCUCCUGGCCCACAGCAGCCGGGCAGCCUGUGCCAGGAUCCGGAACACCAGCAUGGAAGGUGAGCUGUCUGAGGAAGAUGAGGCUGACCUGUGUGCCGCUGGUUUCCCCCUGCUAGCUGAGGACUUCAGGGCUGCGCUGGACCAGCUGCAGGAGGCCCAAACCCAGGCCAUCGGGGCUCCCAAGAUCCCGGCGGUGUCUUGGCAGGAUGUGGGAGGGCUCCAGGAGGUGAAAAAGGAGAUCCUGGAGACCAUCCAGGUCCCUCUGGAUCACCCAGAGCUGUUGACCUUGGGUCUGCGGCGCUCGGGGCUGCUGCUGUACGGGCCCCCGGGCACCGGCAAAACCCUGCUGGCCAAGGCUGUGGCCACUGAGUGCAGCUUGAGCUUCCUCAGUGUCAAGGGCCCGGAGCUCAUCAACAUGUACGUGGGACAGAGCGAGGAGAACGUGCGGGAAGUGUUCGCCCGGGCCCGGGCCGCCGCCCCCUGCAUCAUCUUCUUCGACGAGUUGGAUUCCCUAGCCCCCAGCCGGGGCCGCAGCGGUGAUUCUGGGGGUGUUAUGGACAGGGUGGUCUCCCAGCUCCUCGCCGAACUGGACGGGCUUCACCGCAGCAAAGAUGUGUUCGUCGUUGGAGCCACCAAUCGACCUGACCUCCUGGACCCCGCCCUGCUGAGGCCUGGCAGGUUUGACAAGCUGCUAUUCGUGGGAGUGAAUGAAGACCGGGGCUCUCAGCUGCGGGUUCUGAGUGCCAUCACUCGCAAGUUCAAGCUGGAGCCCUCCGUGUGCCUGGCCAGCGUCCUGGACCGCUGCCCAGCCCAACUGACUGGCGCCGACCUGUACGCCCUGUGUUCGGACGCGAUGACGGCCGCGCUCCGGCGCAGGGUGCACGACGUGGAGAACGGGCUGCCAGCGGAAGGCUCGGCGCUGCUCCUCACCAUGGCUGACCUGCUUCAGGCUGCUGCUCAGCUGCAGCCGUCCGUGUCGGAGCAGGAGCUACAGCGCUACAGACGCAUCCAGCGCAAGUUUGCCGCUUGCUAGGGGCUUUCAGUGGGGCCGCGAGCCUGCCCCCCAGCCCCCAGGACUACCUUCUCGCUGCCACGGGAGCCCGUCAGUUCUCCCUUCCCCAGACACUCGGCGGGCAUCCCACCCGGCCCCGCCUCAGCCAGCUGGACGGGGGUCCCGCCCGUCACCCCGUGUCAGCCAAGUGGUGUGGGGAACGGGACCUCUUGGAGGCUUGUGGGAGAGCCCCCUCCCCCGCUCGCUGCAUCCUUGCGGACCACUUCUCUGGGCCGGGGUCAGCCUUGGGGGUGCAAGUGGGAGAAUGCAGAAGGGGUGCGGCUCCGGUCUCUAGCUAAGCCCCCACAGGCUUAGACUGAAGAAAUAGAAAUGUAUCUAUAUAUAUAUAUGCAUAUGUAUAUAUAUACACACACACGAGUUC